CUGAUCUUCGCAGCCUUCAGCCGGGACGGUCUCUCCAGUAUUGCGGAAGAUUUAUCGAUUUCACGCGUUCGCGGCUCCACGUGGUGCGAUCGAGCCGGAGAGAGCAAAGGGAAGAGGCGCCGCGCCGUCCCGGCCAGGAAGGAUGAAGCGGCUUCUCCCCGGGUGAGCCGUUACGAGCCGAGGCCGCGAUGGAGGGGAGAGAGAGGCCGGAGCCCAGCGACGAACCGCCAGCGUCCAGAAACGACCGGGGAGAGGGCAUCGUGGAACUGGGCAACGCUGAGGGUCUGUCCAUGGGGCCGGAGGACUACUGGAAUGCCCUCUUUAACCAGUUUGACCCGGCAAACACAGGCUACAUCAGUGCGGAAAAGUUCCGGGAUCUCCUGCACGCUCGCGGCUCGGAGCUGGAACCACACAAGCUGGAGGUACUCCUGGCGCUGGCGGACGGCAGCUCGGACAGUGGCAUCUGUUACCAGGACUUUGUCAACUUGAUGAGCAACAAAAGGACCAACAGCUUCCGCCGUGCCGUCCUCCUGGGCAGCCGCCGUCUGCGGGCCGACUCGCUGCUGGAGGAGACGGGCCUCACCCUGGGCCAGCGUUUCAUCAGGCACAUUGCCUACGAGACCCUGCCCCGGGGGCUGGACCGCCGCUGGUACUACGACAGCUACACCUGCUACCCGCCGCCCUGGUUCAUCAUCACCGUCACUGUCCUGGAGAUUGUUACCUUCAUCUACUACGGGCUGGUGCUGGAUAGGUGGGUGCUGCAGGUGACACACCCGUCCUACCUGGAGAACCCGCUGGUCUACCAGCCUCAGCUCCGCAGGCAGGCCUGGCGUUACCUCAGCUACAUCUUCAUGCAUGUGGGGGUGGAGCACCUGGCUUUCAACGUAACGCUGCAGAUUCUGGUCGGUCUUCCCCUGGAGAUGGUCCACGGAUCCCUUCGAAUCAGCUUCAUCUACCUCACCGGGGUCCUCGCAGGUUCACUGGGCGUGUCGGUGGCAGACAUGACUGCGCCCGUAGCGGGAUCCUCGGGAGGAGUUUACGCACUCAUCUCCGCACAUCUGGCCAACGUAGCCAUGAACUGGUCCGGAAUGAGAUGUCAGUUCAAACUGAUCCGGAUGGGAAUUGCCAUGAUUUGUAUGAGUCUGGAGUUUGGCCGUGCCGUCUGGUUACGAUUCCACCCACCCGCCCACCCGUCCUGCACCCAUCCCAGCUUUGUGUCUCACCUUGGCGGAGUGCUGGUGGGGAUCACGCUGGGGUUGGUGAUCCUCAGGAACUACGAGCAGAAACUCCAUGAACAGUCCAUCUGGUGGAUCUUUGUCUUCGCCUAUCUCGUCUUCGUGCUCUUUGCCAUCCUCUGGAACAUCUUCGCCUACAGUCUCCUAGAAAUCGGAAUGCUUCCCCCAGCUUAAUACUCCGGACUGGCCAAGCCAGCAUGAUAUCACAACCCGGACUUUAAAGUUUAGCUUUAUUUGUCACAUGUACAUCAAAACAUACAAUGAAAUGUGUCGUUUUGUGCAAACAACCAACACACUCCAAGGAUACACCGCAGGCAGCCCGCAAGCAUCGCAGCGUAUUAUGCCCACAACUUACUCGCCCUAACGCAUAUGUCUUUGGAACGUGGAGCACUUGGAGGAAACCCACGUGCUCAUGGGGAGAAAAUAUUAAACUCCUUACAGACAGCAGUGGGAAUUGAACUCCAAUCACAGGCUCUGCAAAGCUGAUGUCUUUGAACAUCACCCUUAACUGAUUGAAACAACUGGAUAAAUGGACACUGGGAUUUGAUUCAGUGGUGCCUAACUGAAGCUUGUAACAAGAGCUGCAGUAGAAAAGCAGAGCAGCUUCCCAUUCCUGGGUGAAGAUCUAUCCAGGGCUGGACAUAUUGAUGCAGUUAUGAAGAAGGCACGAUAGUGGCUAUAUUUCAUUAGGCGUUUGAGGAGGUUUGGACUGUCACCAGAGUCUAGCAAAUUUCUAUAGAUAUACUGUGGCGAGCAUUCUGGCUGGUUGCAUCACUGCCUGGUAUAGAGGGGCCACUGCACAAGAUCAGAAUAAGUUGCAGAGGGUUAUAAACUCAGCCAGCUCCAUCAAUGGCACUGGCCAACCCGCCAUUGAGGACAUCUGCAAAAGGUGAUGUCCCAAGACAGCAGCAUCCAUCCCUAAGGACCUGCUUGGACAUGGGAGCAGAAUUAGCCCGUUGAGUCUGCUCUACUCUUCUUAUUACCAGCAUCAGGGAGGAGACACAGAGAUACAGAAGCCUGAAGACCCAUACUCAGCAUUUUAGGAAUAUUUCAUGGACUGCUCAAAAAUGUGAUGGUGGAGGGGAAGAAACUGUUCCUAAAAAAAAAUUGAGUGUGGGUCUUCAAGCUCCUGUACCUCCUCCCUGAUGGUGGGAAUGAGAAGAGGGCAUGUUCUGGGUGGCGAGGGUUUCUUAAUGAUGGAUACUGCCUUCUGCAGGUAUCAGCAGGGCUGCGUUACACUGAGAAUCAGAAUUAUUAUCACUGACGUGUCGUGAAAUUUGUUGUUUUGUGGCAGCAGUACAGAAUCAGAUAUAAAACUUACUGUAAGUUAAAUAACUAAUACAAGAGAGGAAUAAUGAGGUAGUGUUUAUGGACCAUUUAGAAAUCUAGUGGUGGAGUUCUCAACCGCUACUUCUUACUGUCUGUUACACUGCUGGUGUUCAGGGCAGCAAUGAAGCUGCUCCAUAUCUGGCGGUGUUCAGGACUUCCUUCAUCGCUUCAGUAGCUUCCCCUCAGUUUUCACUCCUGUCAGUCGUGCGAAUUCUGGGUGGAGACUCAGGAGAACCGUCGCACUCAGAUGUAGAAGGACCAGUGGACAGCUCUUAGUCUGGCCUCUACCCUUUGAUCUGUCUGGCAUGGGUGAUCCUACCAGGAGCCAACACGCUCCAGGUCAAUGAGGCACACAAGUCUCCAAAUCAUGAUAAGGUUGUGGUCCUCCUGGAGAUUCUCAACUUCGGAAGAAUUAAACUCCAGUGAAAGAGCUGCACUGCAUCCCGACUGUUACAGUGAGCAAACGUAUGGUACAUUUUCUUCCCAGCUUUUUUGUAACACUCACCUGUUUAAUACUUUGGUCUCCAAGUGCCAAUUAACUUCUGUAGAAAAGGUUUUACCAAGUGUACAUAACUGUCCAAACUCUGUAAAUAAGGUUUGCGAUGAUGGUCUGUAGAUAAUUUGGCCCGCCUAGACAACAAUUUUAUGGACAAUACACCACAAUAAACGGAAAACCUCACAGAACAAAUCUGCAGUUAAAAUGCAGAAAAGUUUUUAAAAAAUAGCUCGGAGGAAUUUUUUUUAAAAUCUGCUCUAUCUGUCAGUAUCAAUUUAGUCAAAAAGCAGAACAGAGAAUAGUCUAGCACAAUACAGGCCCUUUUGCCCAACGAUGUUGUGCUGUCUGUUUAACCUACUCUAAGAUCAAUCUAAACCUGCCCUCCCACUUGAAGGAUGAUCCAAGCCCUACAAAUCUAUGAGCAGAGUCUGUUGAGGGUGUAUUUUGUCUCUGUUCUUGUAGUUAUUUAUCCAGGGAGAAGGCAGGAGACUGGGGCUGAGGGGAAAUGGAUCAGCCAUGAUGAAAUGGUGGAGCAGACUCAAUGGGCCAAAUGGCCUAAUUCUGCUCCGAUAUCUUAUGGCCUUAUUAUUGAGAUACAGAGCAGAAUACCUUCUGGCCCUUUCAGCCAUGCCACUCAGCAACCCACCUACUUAGUCCUGGCCUCAUCAUAGGACAAUUUACAAUGACCAAUUAACCUCAUCCAUACGUCUUUGGACUGUGGGAGGAAACCAAAGCACCCAGUGGAAACUCGUGCGGUCACAGGGGGAGCAUACAAACUCCUUACAGACAGCAGUGGUAAUUGAACCUGGGUGACUGAUACUGUAAAGCAUUGUGCUAACCACUGCACUACUGUGCCACCUCACACCAAGUAGUUUUUAGGUCUUCCUGCACUAAAAAUAACUCUAUCACAACUCAGAACAGAACAAUCGUUGACACCUCUGUGAACAUAAGUGCUUUGACAGCAAUUUUAUACAUAAAAUGUGGGAGAGUGGACAGGUUGUGUUGUACAUAUACACUCAGUGCCACCUUUAUCAGGUAUCUCCAAUACUUAAUAACAAGGACAUUGAACGUAAGUUCAUGGUCUCCUGCUGCUAUAGUCCAAAGGUCUUCAAGGUCUGAAGUGUCGUGCACUCACAGAUGCUCUUCUGCACACCACUGUUAUAACGUGCGUGUCAGCUUGAACCUGUCUGGCCAUUCUCCUCUGACCUCUCUCAUUCACAAGGUGUUUUCGUGUACAGAACUACCAUUCACUGGACCUUUUUGUUUUUCACACCAUUUUCUGUAAACUCCAGAAACUGGGUUGUGUGUGAAAAUCAGCAGUUUCAGAGAUACUCAGACCACCCCAUCUGGCACCACCAAUCAUUCUGCAGUCAAAGUAAUUUGGAUCACAUUUCUCCCCCAUUCUGAUAUUAGGUCUGAACAAGAACUGAGCCUCUUGACUAUGUCUGCAUGUUUUUAUACAUUUGAGUUGCUGUCACAUGGCUGGCUGAUUAGAUAUUUGCAUUAACGAGCCGGUGUACAGGCGAGUCUAAUUACAUGACCACUGAGUGUAUGUGCAAUAUUGGCAGCCAGCAUUCCAUGAAUGCAGUCCUAUUAAAGGACUUUUCUAUCUCAACAAACUUUUGGAGUGUGUUCAUUUUAUUUUAAAUCAGUAAUCACUGACCUCCAGAAAGUAACUUGUGUGAUGGAGGUGAGAUGUUUGGGGAGGGUUGGUAGGGGCAGGGCAGAAUACCCAGGAUCAUUUCUACCAUUGUCCUGUCCUGAGCCUGUGAGGGAUCAGUCUGUGCUCUGCAGUACCUGACCUACCUGAUAACAACCCUGGGGCAGCAUGGUAACACAGCAGUUAGCAAAAACGCUUCCAGCACCAGUGACUGGGAGACUGAGGUUCAAUUCCUGCCAUUAUGUUUGUACUUUCUCCCCAUGAUUGCAUGGGUUUCCUCCGGGUGCUCCGGUUUCCUCCCACGGUUCUAAGACGUAUCGGGCAGGUUAAUUGGUCAUUGUAAAUUGUCCCACGAUUAGAUUAAUGUUAAUUGAGGUUGCAGAGGCAGCGUGGCUCGAAGAUCUGCAAGAGCCAACUCUGUGCUAUAUCACUACAUAGACACUGUGUUGGUCAUUGGCACUGACAACACACCCCACUAUGGCAUAGUUUGAUGUACAUGUGAUAAAUAAAGCUAAUCUUUAGAAACAUAGAAAACCUACAGCACAAUACAGGCCCUUCGGCCCACAAAGUUGUGCCAAACAUGUCCAUACCUUAGAAAUUACUAAGGUUACCCAUAGCCCUCUAUUUUACUAAGCUCCAUGUACCUAUUUAAGUCUCUUAAAAGACCCUAUUGUAUCCACCUCUACCACCGUUGCCGGCAGCCCAUUCCAUGCACUCACCACUCUCUGAGUAAAAAACUUACCCCUGACAUCUCCUCUGUACCUACUCCCCAGCACCUUAAACCUGUGUCCUCUUGUGGCAACCAUUUCAGCCCUGGGAAAAAGCCUCUGACUAUCCACACGAUCAAUGCCUCUCAUCAUCUUAUACACCUCUAUCAGGUCACCUCUCAUCCUCCGUUGCUCCAAGGAGAAAAGGCCGAGUUCACUCAACCUAUUCUCAUAAGGCAGGCUCCCCAAUCCAGGCAACAUCCUUGUAAAUCUCCUCUGCACCCUUUCUAUGGCUUCCACAUCCUUCCUGUAGUGAGGCGACCAGAACUGAGCACACUACUCUAAGUGGGGUCUGACUAGGGUCCUAUAUAGCUGCAACAUCACCUCUCGGCUCCUAAAUUCAAUUCCACGAUUGAUGAAGGCCAAUACACCGUAUGCUUUCUUAACCACACAGUAGCUUUGAGCGUCCUAUGGAC